AUGGUCCAGCCUUCCACUGACCAUAUCGACGCCUUGGAUGGACAGUUUGAAGGGAACAGCGAAUGGGAAUUGUGCGGUAUCAAAGCUAUCUCAGAAAUCCAAUUUGAUGAAUUUGCGGUAAAUACAACUUCCAUUAUGACACUCGUGCAAGCUAAAUAUUUAGACAGUGUCGAUGGCAUAAUGAAAUUUGAGCCACUUGAAAUUAAAAGCCUCCGGAUAGCAGCUCUGUCUGGUUGUUCAAAGAAUGCCUUAGUAUCAUCUCAGAAAUUCCCCGUCAGGUACAAAGGUAGAAAGGGACCGAAUCGCACUGGUUGA